UUCUCACCCUUCUCAUGCUAGAACCCAUCUGAUUUCAAUAUCCAAUUUGACUUCCCAAAGCUGUGAUCUCAUUGUACUCGACCCCUUCGUUCAUCCUCAUACCCCCAAUCCAUACACGACUCGCUGCUUCAAAGCAGAACAACAAAACCACCAUGGCGUCUGAUGCGCCGCACAAACAAGAGUUUCGAAUUCGAGAUCUCGCCACUCGAAGCGUCAUCCUCUUUCCUACCAGAGCCCAGAUCAUCCGAGACAUCAAGGAAAUUAACCUUCACCCAGGCCCCAACCAAAUCAUCAUCGACGGUCUUGCACCCACAGUCGACGAGCAUUCCAUCAAGGUUGAAGGAACUGGAUCAGCCACAAUCACCGAGGUCACUGUCGAUCUUCUCCCGAAUCGCGAUGUCUGGGAAGAUAUCUAUCCUUCUGAUUCGGAGGACGAGGAUUCAGACGAAGAGGAGAAAUCAGAGGAUGAAACGGAAGGCAUGAAAGCCCUCAACGACAAACUCAGGAAAUUCAAUGUCCAACUUCUCAACGAACAAGAGAAAAUUAAUUCCGGAGCUCAUCGUCUGAAGAUUUGUGAUGCCUUUGGCAAGAGUGUUGAAAAAGAGCGCCCUGCUCCUGCCGAUUUGGACAAGCUCAUCAAUGCCUACCAGGCAGAGCGUGAGAGAAUCUACAAGGAUCAUGAACACGCAGUUGCUGCUGUUGAGACUAUUCAGGAGGAUAUUGAGAAGGUCAAUAAAGAAAAGCUGAAGCUCGCCAAAGCAAUGGUGAAGGCCAAUGAGAAAGCCGAGAAGGAGAAGCAGAAAUUGAAAGAGAAGAAAGCACGCAAGAAGGCUGAAAUACGCAAAGAAAAGUUGAGGAUCAAGGCCGAACGAGAGCUGUUCUGGCCGAAGAAAGUCUACCGUAUCACCAUCAACCUCGAGCCCACCAGCCUGACACCUGCAUCGUCCCGUCGCAGCUCAAUCGAUGGAGACACAGUUGUCAACCUCGCGACUUCAACAUUCCACGAACCAUCGACCGGCCCACUGAAGACUGGCGAGAUCAGUCUUUCUCUGUCAUACAUCACUUACUCCGCUUCUUGGUCCCCACGGUACGACUUGAGCUUGAACACUGUCAAGUGCACUGGUGUGCUGGAAUAUGGAGCAGAACUCAAGAAUACCACUUCCGAGACUUGGCGGGAUGCGAAGAUUGUACUCUCAACCUCUCAGACAACCUUCUCUGGUCUCAGCGAGACGAUUCCUACCCUCGAACCCUGGCACGUGCGCCUCUUGAAAGGAGGCCGCAACCCUGACAGUGCGUUGUUCAGCGCAUCCGAACGCCUGGCAAAGCAGCAGGAAUGGAGUAAAAACACCGGAGGACAAGUCCAGAAGCCCCGAGCAGAGAUCUUUGGCCUUGAUGGCAGUUCAAACAACAACGCAUCCUUAUGGUCAUCCCAGAAAAAGAACCGCGAGGCUCAGGUACAACAGGUCAUUAGCAGCCACUCACAUCCCCCACAAGCUCAAGUUCAACCAGCAGGGUUAUUAGGUAACCUCGCUGGACCAGGAGGUGGUUUUGGUAGCAGUGCUUCAGCACAGGUACAGAACCAACCAUAUCGUUCGAGCCAUGGCAUGACUUCAGUUCGUGCCAAACGUGCAAGUAGUACGAGCCGCUUUCUGCGUGGAGGGGCAGAGGUUGAAGAAGAUGAAGAAGAGGCAUACAUACAAGAAGACAGAGCGGGCGGUUUCGAAGGAGGGGAUCUCAGUCUCUUUGACGACCAGCCCCAGUCUCUUACCUUUGAAGAAGGAGCUUGGGAAGAGACUGGUCUCACAACUACGUAUGACGUUCCAUCACUGAAGACACUCGCUCCCAACAAUUCAACCAGCAAGCACAAGAUCGCCAAGAUCGAUUUUAAGAACGUCAUCUUCUCCCACAUCGUCAUCGGCAAGCUUCGCCAAAUUGCGUUCCUCAAGGCCAGACUGCGCAAUACCUCAAAGAUCACUCUUCUCAAGGGUCCUUUGGGGUUGACGCUUGAUGGCAGUUUCUUGGGCCAGGCAUCAUUCCCGCGAUGCUCGGCUGGUGAAUCCUUCUCUCUACCACUGGGCGUCGAUCCGGCAAUUACAAUCAGCUAUCCCAAGCCAACUGUUCGACGAAGCCAAUCUGGUAUCUUCAACAAGGAGGACAGCAAUGUGUUCAGUCGCACUGUGGUCAUCAUGAACACCAAGCCCAAGGCUGCGAUCGAGAUGACUGUUCUCGACCAAGUCCCAGUUUCUGAAGACGAGCGUCUCAAGAUCGAAAUCUUGAGCCCGAGAGGCUUGAAGGCUGGUGGCGACGGGGUACCGACUGGUAUCAGUGCAUUCGCUGGUUUGGCUCUUGCGAACACUGGAUUGAAUGGCAAAGGAACCGCGAAGGAUGUUAGAGCUAGUGUGUACGGUGUCGACGGCAGAGAGUUCAAGGACGGCAAAUGGGGAAGUGCCGUUGCAACAACAAAGAAGGGUGGGGAGGUAUCAUGGAACGUCAAGUUGAAUCCUGGACAAGGUGUCAAAUUGGUGCUGGAAUAUGAGGCUUCUUUCCCGGCUGGAGAGACCGUUGUUGGAGUACAAGUUGCGAAGAAUGGGUUUGGAAAUUAUUAAUCUGGCAUUGUUCUUGGAGGGCUUGGGACUUUCUCCUGAUGUUUGGUUUGAGGAACGUCGGGGGCAGGUUUUUAGGCAGUUAAGGAUCAAAAGUUCCAAACGCGAAAACUGUGAAAUGCGAAAUUUCAAAAGUGCCUGAAUUUGGCAUGCAACCACGCCUAGAAUCAAGUACGGAAUCAUGUGCAGGCUAGGUACGAACCUUUAUAAAAAUUGAUUUCUUUUCUCUGAUUAGAUGAUCGAUCGAGAGCAAGGACUUUUUUUUUCUAUCCGGUCACUUAGCUAGCCUACGCAGAUAAAGUGGGUCUACCUUAAGGUCUACCUAUGAGAAACCAUACCACAGUACAAAUUUAAGUUAGUUAAGCGAGAGCACAGAUAAAGAAAUAUUCUU